AUUAAGGUCUUUGGGACUUAAUCAGAAUCCAAUUGCAUAAAUAUAUAAAAUCUCUUCUCCCUCAUCAUCAAAUCGAAAGCCUCACACCAACACCAUCGUCUUCCUCACCUUUCCCUUCAAUGACACGCACUCUCCACUCUCAGCCUCCUCGAUUCUCCCGUCGAUCACUUUCCGUCUUCUUCACUCUUCAUUUCUCUCUCUAGAAAAUUCCAAGUAAGUCUCUGUAAACUCUCCCCCCUCUCUCUUUAUCUUGUUUAUUCGUAGAUGCAUGUGAAUCCGAUUUUGUACUAUUGAACUCCAAUUGAUGGGGCAUAAGAAGAAAAAUCCUGCUCCUCGCUCCAAACCAUCACCGACGGCGGUGGCUUCUCCGGCCGCCGCUGAUUUUGUCGAAUCCGAUAAUUCUAUUGUACUAAACCCCAUUCCCGGGACCAAGACGACGGAGCCGUUGUCAGAAAUGGACGGUUCGUCUUACCCGGCCAUAAAGCUUGAAUGCGAGCGAGCCCUAACUGCACUCCGCCGCGGGAAUCACACUAAGGCUCUCCGCCUCAUGAAGGAGUCCUGCAUCCGUCACGAGAAUUCCGCCCUCAUUUACCGCGUCCAGGGCACUGUUUGCGUCAAGGUCGCUACUAUAAUCGACGAACCAUUGGUCAAGCAGCGCCACCUGCGCAACGCCAUCGACUCUGCUAGAAGGGCCGUUGAGUUGUCGCCCAAUUCGAUUGAGUUUGCUCAUUUUUACGCCAAUCUGCUCUACGAGGCUGCUAAUGACGGUAAGGAGUACGACGAGGUCAUCCAGGAGUGUGAGCGUGCACUGGCCAUUGAGAAUCCGGUGGAUCCUGCCAAGGAGAGUUUGCAGGAGGAGAGUCAGCAAAAGAUAUCAAACACUGACGCGAGGGUUGCCCAUGUUCAGAGUGAACUUAGGUCGUUGAUUCAAAAAUCAAGCAUUGCCUCGAUUUCAACUUGGAUGAAGAAUCUCGGGAAUGGUGAGGAGAAGUUUAGGUUGAUUCCCAUAAGACGAGUGGUGGAGGAUCCAAUAAUGGAGGUUAAAUUGGCACAAGCAAGGCGGCCCAAUGAGAUUAAGAAGGCUACAAAAACACCUGAAGAAAGAAGGAAGGAGAUUGAAGUGAGAGUGGCUGCUGCAAGGCUUCUGCAGCAGAAGUCUGAGACAGAGGGGCAGUUUCCAAAUGAGGGAGAUAGAAACGGUGAUAAGGGAUUGGACUUAGGGUCAGGGAAUGGAGGACAAAGAGGAGGGAGGAGGAAGAAUGCAAGGAAGAAUGGGUCUACCGCUGCAGAGAGAAGGGACUGGGUUAGAUCGUAUUGGAAUUCUAUGAGUAUGGAUGUGAAAAGGGAUUUGCUUAGAAUUAGUGUUUCUGAUCUCAAAGCUUACUUUGGGUUGUCGAAGGAUGGGUCAGCCAAGGAGGUUCUAUCCGAGGCUUUGGCUUUUUCCAAGGAAACUAGAACUUGGGAGUUCUGGAGUUGCUGUCGAUGCAAUGAAAAGUUUACUGAUUCGGAGGCUCACAUGCAUCAUGUGAUGCAGGAGCACAUGGGGAACCUGUUACCUAAAUUCCAGUCAGUUUUACCCCCAAAUAUUGAUAACGAGUGGAUUGAGAUGCUUCUAAACUGUUCCUGGAAACCUUUAGAUAUUACAGCUGCAGUGGAAAUGCUUUGUAAUCAGUCAAAGUGUCGAAACUCUGAUGAUUUCUACUCGAGUAGACGUGCUGAGGAAAGUGAUGACUGCUUCAAAGAUGCUUGGGAUUCCACCUCUGAUAAGGAGAAUUUGGUGGAUUGUCACAACUGUUUUGCUGUUGAAAAUGUGAAUAAUGAAUGUUACAAAAUCUCAAGCUUUGAGUGUAAGGAAUGUGAUGUGAACCAGACACCAGUGGCAUGUUCCAGUUCUGAUGGCUGGCCAGUAUCUGAUGAUGCAGAGCGUGCAAAGCUCCUUGAAAGAAUCUAUUCCUUAUUUGAGGUGCUUAUAAGGCAUAAAUAUCUUGCUGCAAGCCAUCUUAGCAAGGUGAUACAAUUCACCACGGAUGAGCUACAGAAACUUGCUUCUGGCUCUCAUCUUCUGAAGCAUGGAGUCAGCCAAACGCCCAUUUGUAUCUGCUUUUUGGGAUCUUCCCAGCUGAAAAAAGUUCUCAAGUUCUUACAGGAAUUAUCACAUUCUUGUGGUUUAAGUAGAUAUUCUGAGAAAAGCAGUCCUGUGGAUGAUGAAAAUGGCAGUAAUCAAGGUGUUGAAAUUAAAGAGAAUAUUGUUCUUGAUGGAGAUGCAUCCUUUCUUCUUCUGGAUGAACAUCUAUUGCGAACUGAAUAUCCUUCUAGUAUGUGCCAUGAUGUUUCCACAGAUGACACGACUGGAGCUACUCCUGCAAACUUUGCUUGUGAAAAUGGCAUUGUGCCUGAUGCUGAUUCCUUACUUUCCUGGAUAUUUUCUGGCCCCUCGAGUGGGGAACAAUUGGCAUGGUGGAUGCGCACAAAAGAAGAGAAAACUCAGCAGGGGAUGGAAAUACUGCAGAUGCUUGAGAAAGAGUUUGGCCACCUCCAGAACCUUUGUGAGAGAAAAUGUGAGCAUUUAAGCUAUGAGGAGGCAUUGCAAGCAGUGGAGGAUCUAUGCGUGGAACAAGGUAAGAAGAGGGAGACUCUUACGGACUUUGUCUACGAAAGCUAUGACUCUGUGCUUAGGAAGCGAAGGGGAGAGCUUAGUGAAAAUGAAAAUGAUGUUAUGUUCAUCGGUGGCAGUAGGUUUGAAUUAGAUGCUAUAACAACCGUUUUGAAAGAAGCCGAAGCUAUGAAUCAGUGUGGAUAUGAGGAAACUUGUGCUGGUGUGACUUCUCAGUCACGUGACUUGGAAUCGGGUGAAGAUGAUCACUGGAGGACCAAGGAUUAUUUCCAUCAAGCGGAUACUUGCAUUGAAGUUGCAAUCCAAAGACAGAAAGAGCAGUUAUCAGUAGAGCUUAGCAAAAUUGAUGCACGGAUCAUGCGGAAUGUUACUGGGAUGCGGCAGUUGGAACUCAAACUUGAGGCCAUUGCUGCACAUGAUUAUCUGUCAAUGUUAUUGCCUCUAGUGAAAUCAUACAUGAGGGCACAUUUGGAAGAUUUGGCUGAGAAAGAUGCCACGGAGAAAUCUGACGCUGCUAGAGAAGCAUUCUUAGCAGAACUUGCGCUUGAUUCUAAGAAGGGUGCUCGGGGAAUUGAUAAUAUGAGACAGACACAGGAUAGGGCAAAGGAUAAGAAAAAGAACAGAGAGUUUAGGAAAAUCAAGGAAUCAAAGGGUGCUGGCGGUUCCGAGCAGCACAUGCUUCAUGAUGAAACUAGUUUGCGGGUCAGUCUAGUUGAAUCUCAAGCAGCAUCUGAUGAUGACGAUCAAGAUCCUGAGAUUCCUGUUCCUGUGAAUGAUGAGAAUUUGAAACAACAGGAAGAGGAAUUCAGACGUAAAAUUGAGCUUGAAGCAGAGGAGAGAAAACUUGAAGAAACUUUGGAAUAUCAAAGGCGGAUAGAGAAUGAGGCUAAGCAGAGGCAUCUUGCUGAACAAUAUAAGAAAAUUACGCAAAAAGUUCCAGUGAAAGUGGCUGAGGGGCUACACGAUUCUUACUCGGCAUCUGUCACUUAUGAGACAGAUUUGCAUGGGCUGUUGGAUCCUCAUACUCAGGAAUUGUUGUCAGACAACAGUGGUUUUCCAAACAAUUUAGAAGGCAUACAUAUGAAUAGUGUAAAGGGUGCUGCAAGCUCUCCUGGAUUGCAGAAGAUUAGUACUAACUAUCAUACAAAAGCUAAACAAGAGUUACCUAAUGGAGUUCUGACUUCUGAGCGACGGACUGGAAGAAAAGGCAGGCGGCAGAAGAGUACAACCAGAUCGCCCGAUGGAAGGUAUCAGGCAAUUUCAUCUGAGAAGGGAAAUAUUGGAGUUGGAACUUCACUUGUUGAUGGUUGCUUAAAAGAGCAGGUCAACUUGCGUAAUAGUGAGUCUGAUGUUGUUACUCCUGGAUUGGGAGACAAUGGAACGAAGACACUGAGACAACUACAAGCUGAGGAGGAUGAUGAGGAGAGGUUCCAAGCGGACCUUCAACAAGCUGUACGGCAAAGCCUUGACACAUACCAAGCACAUCAGAAAAUGCCCUUGGUUUCAAGUUUGAAGGUGCCGCAAGUGAACACUCUGGAAGCUAAUAAUUUUGGCGUUUCACCAAAUGAAAUCACCACUGAAAACGCAAAUGGAAUUGAUGUAUAUGGUACAGGCCUGAAGAAUGAAGUCGGAGAAUACAAUUGCUUUCUGAAUGUUAUUAUUCAGUCAUUGUGGCAUCUAAGACGGUUUCGAGAUGAGUUCUUGAGGAGCUCUGCUGCAGAGCAUGUUCAUGUGGGAGAUCCUUGUGUUGUUUGUGCUUUAUAUGAUAUUUUUACAGCUCUGAGUACUGCAUCUGCUGAUACACAAAGGGAACCUGUUGCCCCUACUUCUUUGAGGACAGCUUUAAGCAAUUUGUAUCCUGAUAGUAAUUUUUUCCAAGAGGCUCAGAUGAAUGAUGCUUCUGAAGUAUUGGCUGUACUUUUUGAUUGCCUUCAUCGAUCAUUUACACCUGGUUCAAGUGUUUCUGAUAAUGAAUCAUUGGAUAGUAAUUGCACGGGGGGUUGGGAUUGUGCAAAUGAUGCUUGUAUAGUGCAUUCACUUUUUGGAAUGGACAUCUUUGAACAAAUGAAUUGCUGCAGCUGUGGUGUGGAGUCCAGACAUCUGAAGUACACUUCAUUCUUUCAUAAUAUAAAUGCAAGCGCCCUCCGUACAAUGAAGGUUAUGUUUCCCAGAAGCUCCUUUGAUGAACUUUUAAAUUUUGUAGAGAUGCAUCAUCAGUUAGCUUGUGAUCCUGAGUCUGGCGGCUGUGGUCAGCCCAACCAUAUCCAUCACUUUCUUUCCAAUCCGCCAUAUGUUUUUACCACAGUUUUGGGAUGGCAGAAUACAUGUGAGAGUGCUGAUGAUAUAGUGGCUACAUUGGCAGCCCUAAGUACUGAGAUUGAUAUCAGUGUCCUUUAUCGUGGUCUAGAUCCAAAAAACACACAUAGCUUGGCUUCCGUGGUUUGCUACUAUGGGCAACAUUAUCAUUGCUUUGCCUUUAGUCACGAGCAGGAAAAGUGGAUAAUGUAUGACGACAAGACUGUCAAGGUGGUUGGUGGCUGGACCGAUGUUCUUACCAUGUGCCAAAGAGGGCACUUACAACCUCAAGUUCUGUUCUUUGAAGCUGUAAACUAGUUUUUUGGUGGAACUUUUCUGCUAAUUUCUUCAGUAAAUACCAAUGAGUUAAAUGUGGCUUGGGCUUUAGUGAGGCUUGUCCAUAGCGAUGCAUUGCACAGCUUACUCCCAUGAAAAACUCAGAUAGUAGAAGCUCACUGCAUUUCUCUCAUAAAGUGAGAAAAGUUUGGUAGGCAAGUGCAAAGUUGUGUAGUACAAAAGCAAAAAUGUUGUGAUACAGUCUAGAGUUUUUGUCAGGAUAAACUGAUUUCUAUAGAAGGAUGAUACAUGAAAGAGAUUUCAUUUUAAAUUGAAGAAAGCUGAUAAGACAGGAGCGUGAAGAAUAGAUUUUGGCGCUCUUGCUCUUGCCAUAUUCUUGGAUCCUUCCAAUAAGUUGGUUUGGCUGAGUAGUAGUGGAUCCCUGAUUGUCUGGCCUGGAGGAGCAUAUCUUCCUGUUUUUCUCAUGGUGAUCAUUGCCAGUUCCUGCCAGAAGCACGCACUAUUUUUGAGUAGAGUUUAGAUAAUUGGAUGCAAAAUCCCUGUCGGAUUUCUUUUUUAGUAGUAUAUCUUCUUUUGAAAAACAAGAGGUCCUUGUAUACAUCACAUCAUGGACUCAACACCUCCUUGUGCAGCUUAUUGUUAAAUUUAUUAUCUUAUCAUGAUGCUGUUACAAUAGUGACUUGUUACUUUAUGAAAGCCGAAUGUCUUCACUCUGAACUUUGCCAUAAGGCCACCAUCUGAAUACAUUGUGCAUUUAUGUGAUGUAAGAGCUUUAUUUUGCCGCCUUAAGGGCCUAAUGAGAUGAAUUGACCCA